AUGGAUCAGUCAUCCAUACGCUUUCCUACCACUGAUAUUUAUCAGUACGACUCGUCCAGUUCCACUUCUUCCACCUCUUCCGCGCCUUCCGAUGAGUCACAUAUCGUCAUGCCGCGCGCUCGACGAGUUCGUGGACAAAAUUCCAACCCAUCAUCUCCCACACCAUCGUCUGUCAAAUCCAGGAACCAUCCGAGUCCUCGCACACACCAAGCGGGCAAAAAGGGUGGUCAACCGCCAGAGCUUAGUGAUGCAUCGGAUGCUGACACGGCGCGGUUGACGCAGGCACCAUUUGACAACGCUGGGAGUGUAAAGCCCAACCCCUUUAGGGCACAGGCUCGUCAAUUUUCCUCGGAAAUGCGCUCCAGCUCCCUUCCCCAUUUUGACUCACACGGCAAAUCUCAGUCCGGAACUCUGAACUUAUCGCCGCAGACGCGAUCCAUUCGAAAUAAGUCUGGCCAGCCUAUCAAGCCAUCACUCAAGCACGCCAAGCUCCCCAGCCUAUCAAUUCCAAUGAAGGGGGGCGGGGUUGUGCAGAGCGAACCUACGACGCCUACCCUUUCGAAGGCAGUACAUUUCGACGCGAAGCUUGAGCAUGUCAAAUUGUUUCUCUCGAAGCAAAAGCCUCUAGCAGUAUCGCGAGAUCGUGAUCCAGCUACCGAUACCAGCGGUACCGAGAGCGAUUUCCCCUCGUUCGCUCGUGGUUUACAGGAUGACUUCUCCGAGAAACAAAUCGAGCUCCAGGUUGUCAACAUGCCGCCCAUCCCGCCAAAAUAUGUGGACGUGAUCAUGCAAGCACUCACUUUAUCCCAAAUCGACAAGACUAUCGUCGGAAGAGUCCGUGUGCGCAACAUCGCGUACGAAAAAUGGGUUGCUGCCCGGUUUACCCUGGAUUUGUGGCAGACGACGAGCGAAGUUACCGCUCACUAUGUGGAAUCUGUGGACGGUGGCACGUUUGACAUCUUCACGUUCACCAUAAGGUUGCAUGAUAUGUGGUCGCGUAUCGAGGAGAAGACUAUGUUUAUUGCCUUGCGGUAUACUACCGCAGGCAGGCAGUUCUGGGACAACAACCACGGUGCGAACUACAUGCUCAAGUUCGUUGGGAAGCCUGUGGCGCGGAAGGCACCUGCUGCGACAGAGUUUCUCGUGGAGGGUUCGGGUUCCAAAGCCGAGUCGGCGAAAGUGGAUAGAGGUCAUUCCCAGGCGUCUCCUUCACUGCGUUCUUCCUCGACAUUGACGCCAGAAACGCCUUUGUCAGCGAGGUAUAAUUUAGGCUCUGCGCUCAAGGUACCUCAAAGUGGUGCCCCUCCUCCCCUGUCUUCUCCUGGUGUACGGACCCCCACGUACCCUACAGAGCUCUCCAGUGGUUGGUCGAAGCAUACUCCUUAUCGCGUUGACAAGAUACCACCACGCCAUACUCGAUCCGUUACUAUAGGGUCAUCUAGGGAUUUGGAGAAGCGGGAGCAGGCGCACAUUGUGCGGUCGGAUUCUCUAGACCUCGAUUCCCCACUUUCAAUACAUCAGUCACUCGCCGCACGCGAGCGCAACCACCGUCGUGGCUAUUUCGACAGAUCAAUGGGUGGCUCGCCGCGUAAAACCCCUUCAGGUCCUGCUCUUCUUAGUCCGGUUGAAGAGCGGUCCCCUGCUCGCAGCAGUGACCCUAUGCAAGGACAACCUUCCCUCUUUAGCAGAUUUGCUGCUCAAAAUAUGGCUCGGAUGAACAGCACGAGUUCUACUGCGAGUGCAGCGUCCGACUCAAGCUCCCUAAAUACUCCACUUACGUCUCCGGGACCCAGCACACCCACUGCUUCUGACGACAAGCCAUCUCUUAAUGACAGCUAUGGCCAAUUUCUUAACCAAUUCUGCUUCUUCACUGGCCCUGGCUCACUGAGAGACCAUUCGCCUAGUUCAAUCGCCCGUUCACAAUCUGUUUCCAAUAUAGAAGCGUUCUUGUGCUCAUCUCCUCACGAUUUUUCUUCUCCCUUGCGCGAUCCUGCUUUCAACGGACCCCGCUCUUGUAGCUUGGAUAACGUCACUACUUGUAGCAGUGGUUCGACUACCCCACGCGGGAAUCCAAUGCUUGAUCGCCCCACACCAGUGAUCCACUGUGAGUGUCUGCUCCGAGUUGUCGGCUAG